UUAAAAGAGAAAUAUAAUUAUGAAAAAAUAAUACGAAUAUAAUAUAUUAUAUUGUAUUAUAUACGUACCUAACAUUUUAUAUGCGUCACCUUAUAUAGUAAAUAAACGCAUAAUGCGCUCGUGCGCAUGCGAAUAAGAUUUGACUUAUUUCGACGAUAACUAUCGCAACGAAAAGCGCAUGUCAAACAAAUUUUCUCUUUCUCUCUUUCUCUAUCUCUAUCUAUCGAUCUAAUAAAGAUUAUUUUAAAACGAUGACACUCUUUAUUUCUUUCACACGGAUAUGUUUGAGAUGAAUCGUAAUAAUAAUAGGAGAAAAGUGUUACAACUAGUUACGGUCAUCAACGACCUAUUCUUUAGGUUCACAACGUAAUUAAGAAACACCAUUAACUGUGUUGUAUACCGUUAAGACAGGAAAAUAGAAUUCAUUGUUAUAAAACGAGGACAAAAGUUUUGAUAAAAAGAAAUAGGAAGUACGAUCAUUCAAGUUUAAAAAUAAUUAAAAUCCAAAAUGGCAUCGAGCAUGAAUAAUACAAUAUCAACGACAGAUAAUUUUUCGAGAUUACGAAAAAUCGAAGAAGCAUUUCGUUUAUCUAGUCAAAUCCGAAAAAGAAAAUUAAUUAAACGAAGUGCUCGUGCGAAUACCGAUUCUCAUCGUCGUAAGUUAAUCAGGACACGUUAUUAUUUCACCAGUGGACAUGAACACUUAGGAAAAGCUAGAAACGUCAAUAUUGAACAAUCACCAUUCGAAUUUCCAUCGUGUUCUAAUAUGUUCGCGUAUUUUCAAUUUUGGAAAGCUCGAACACGUGAAGCUGUUAAAGCACGACAUAUAUUAAGCCAUGCUAAACAUGAAAGUAUUCUGCACCCGCGUAGUGAUAUUCUUAGAAGAUUGCGAGUGGACGUGCCUGCAGAAAUAAAAGAAAAAAAGAAACAUAAAGAAUUGAAAGAAAUAUUUGCCAUAACCGAUAUAAAUCCGGAAUAUUUCACAGAAACAGCUGGUGGUUUGGUAAAAGAGAAAUUUUCUCUUUGUCAAUAUAUCGACGAUCUCCGACAGAUUUUAAGAAGCAAACUACUUGCUGGUGAACAACGUGAUCUUUGUAUUCUUAUCGAACAACAAUUUGACGAGGAACGAAGAAGAUUAAGCAAGAUCAAACGUCAAUAUCGUACGUACGUCAGUAUCUUCGAAAAUUUCUUAUCGAAGGAUCACGAAGAGAGCAUGGUUAUUUUGAGGAAAGCCGAAGAGGAAGUGAAAUUAACUUCGGCAAUAAAUGAAAAAAGAAUUUUGUUGGAUAAGCAAUGCGGUCAAAUUAGACUGGAUUUGUAUUAUUGGGAGGAAAAUUGGAGAUUGGCAAAGACCUGUCAAAGAUUUUUAUAUCAAAUUUCACCGAUUUCAUGGAGAAACGAAUACGAUUGGAUCUAUCGUUCGCAAUCAGGAGAAAGCAUAUUUUUUGGGACUACUGAAGACAUUUUUAGACGUUACAGGAUGGCUGAACAAGUUGCAUCUCUUGAAUGUUUAAUAAAUAUGUUCGAAGAAGAUUUAAUGGGAGCAGGUCCUCCUGAUCUCUACUUCGAGGAUCCAUCCGAUCUGUUACACGUAUUAGAAGCGAUAGAGUUACAAAAUUUAAAUUCCUUGAUACAUUUGGAAUCAUUAGAAGAACCUUUAGUUAAAAUGCUAUCAGAGGUUACAGAAGCUGAAAAUCGAAUAGAACAUGAAUUCGAUGAAAUUAUUGAUAAUGUUGCAGAAUUGGAAGAUUUGAUUUAUAAAACAGAGGAAAGAGCAACGAAUUUGCAUAACUACGCAAAUUACCUUUUGCAAGGUGUAUUUCGUGAUUUAGUGUGUUCUGAAGAUAUUCUUUGUAUAUAUGUCUACAUUGAGGAUGCAUAUGAAACUUGCAUAGCACCUAAUGAUGGUAAACUCAAUAGCUUCACUAUGAUAAAGAUGAUUGAAAAGACUCAUGAAAAACUCAAUUUAGAAUUGGAUACUUUACCUCGUGAAAUAGUUAGAAAAUGUGAAAAAGAAGGUUUCAAACAAGAACUCAAAGCUAUCAAAGAAGCCGAAGAUGCUGCUAGAAAGUUCGAUCUGAUGCUUCAAUUAUUAGAUUCAUUAAUCCGUAUCAUGCAAAGGCCUAUAAUAACUAAACGACAAUUAAAAUGGCGCUCAGAACCGAUCUAUAAGAAAGUAAAAAAGGUAGCUUCUUAUGCUGAACCAACGGAAGAAGAAAUGCAGUAUUUAACUUUCUUUACAAAUUAUUGUAAACGCGAAGACUUUACAAAAUAUCGUUCUAAAUUUCCUGAUGAUUUUGAUCUGACAUUUACGGUUAAAAAAGAAGAAAUUUCUGAAAUCCCUUCAGAAAUUAUAAACUAAAAUUAUAGAAUA